AUGGCAGACUCAUAUGUGGUCCUGGGUACGCUUUUGGCCGUCUUGGCCACAGCUGUGUUGUUCCUACGGGAUAGCAAGCCCAAACGGGACAAAGUUGCUGAAGAGAUGCUGCGUAUUGGUCUGCAGAUGAAGAUGUAUAAGGCGGCAGCUGAGCCUGCAGCUUCUACCAUCAAGUCUAAUGUCGAGGAGAGCCCUAAUUUCCCAGGUGGUCGUGUUGCUAUUUUGUUCGGUUCGCAGACUGGUACAGCUGAAGGCUUUGCUGACAUUUUAAAGAAAGAAGGACGUCAGGCAGGCUUUCAGACUCACGCAAUUGAUCUGGAGAAUUACGACGUGGCCCAGAAGCUUCCAGAUGAAAAGCUCGUGAUUUUGAUUAUGGCGACAUAUGGUGAAGGUGAUCCGACAGACAAUGCAGUGAAUUUUCAUUCGUUUUUGAAGAAUAAAAACGCGAGUUUAGGUUCGAAAACGCUUGAAGGUGUUCAUUUUACGGUCUUCGGAUUGGGCAACACACAGUACGAACACUACAAUGCAAUGGGCCGCUCGACUGACAAGUUAAUGGAGAAAUAUGGAGCAACCAGAGUAUUUCACUAUGGUGAAGGGGAUGAUGAUUCAAGCUUGGACGAGGAUUUUGAUGAUUGGAAAGAGGGAUUGUGGAAGGCUUUACGCGAACAAUUUAUUGCAGUUAGUGCGAAUGAAGAUGAAAAUGUACACAAGUCAGGACUGUCACCUAUUGAAUACGAGUACGAACUUGUAAAGAUUCGUCGUCCAGAGUCGAAUACACAAGGCAACAAAGUCAAGAUAAAAGCAUCUACGAAACAUUUCUACACAGCAAAGGACGCUAAGAUCGUGGUGAACCGGGAAUUAAGGCAAUCUAUAGAAACAGGUUCUACGGUCCAUCUUGAGCUGGAUUUGCGUGGUACAGGUUUGACAUACGAAACAGCAGACAAUCUAGCAGUGUUGCCUGAGAAUGAGACGAGAGUCGUGGAAACUGUAGCUAAGUGCUUGGACUUUGACUUGGACCAGUGGGUUUUGCUAAAGCCAGUAACGGACGAUCGCGACUUUGAGUACCCAUUUCCGUCUCCAUGCACGGUAAAGGAUAUUCUAAUGCGUUAUUUGGCAAUCAAUAGCGCUCCUCGAAAGGGUCCGUUGAAGCAGCUUGCGUUUUUUGCUUCGGAUCCGGUUGAACGUUUGGCGCUUACGCGCUUGGCUUCAAAAGACGGCAAGGACGAAUAUCAAAAGUGGAUUCUUGAAGACGAACGCUCCUUUGUUGAUGUACUCGAACACUUUUGCUCGGUGAAAGUGUCGGUACGAGAUUUACUCCAUAUUGUACCUUUUCUAUUGCCGCGGUACUACACAAUCUCGUCGUCUAGUUUAGUGAAUCCACAGCGUGUACAUGCCACUGUUAGUGUGAUAGAGAGCAGAAAGGAGAACAAUCGUGUAUUUCGUGGCGUGUGUUCUACUUACUUGAGCAGACUACAGCCACUUGACAUGCAUUCGGAUGAAAAGAAAAAAAGGAAUAGUCGACCUGGCGAGCAAGGUGCCAAGAAGCCUCGCGAGUGGCCCACAGCUCGUAUAUUUAUGCGCGCGUCAACAUUUCGAUUGCCGAUAAAUCCCUUAACUCCCAUAGUUCUCAUUGGUCCGGGUACUGGCAUCGCGCCAAUGCGUGCAUUUUUACAAGAACGUAUGAAACAACAAGAAGAUGGUUUACAUGUGGGCAAAUCAAUCUUGUACUUUGGCUGUCGUCGCCGUGAUGAGGACUUUUUGUACAAGGAUGAAUUAGAGAUAUUUAAGGAGAGAGGGGUUCUAAGUGAGUUACACUUGGCUUUCUCUCGUGAGCAGGAAGAGAAGAUUUACGUUCAGCAUCUGCUUCUACAAAAUGGACAGGCCACAUGGGAACUUAUUCGAGAUCAGGAAGCGCACAUAUACGUUUGCGGUGCUACAACUAUGGGCAACGAUGUGAACAAGGUGCUGCACGAAAUUAUUGUAGGAUAUGGUGGCCAGAAUGCGGACGAGGCAACAGCAACGCUUAAAAUGCUUCAAGAUGGUCAUCGCUAUGUUCAGGAACUUUGGGGGUAA